AUGCAGGAGUUCGUGAAGACGUUUACGACAACUGAAUUGCUGACCGCAAUGGAACGAAGAGCAGAGUUCAACGCCAUGAUAGAGAACAAGGCUGAGGGACCGAAUCAGCAACUCCAUGACAUCAAACUCUGCCCAAAGGCCUCAGGGAGUCCAGCAAUGAAUAUGAAGGGGAAAGAAAACACAGAAAAGCAGAGACAUGGUAAAGGAAAGGCUCUGCUACCUAAUUCAGAUUACUACAGUGGAAUGUACAAAGAAGGUUUGAGACACGGUAAAGGCCAGUAUGUCUUCAAAGGAGGUGCUCAAUACAUUGGCGAAUACAAAAAUGGCAUGAAAGAUGGAGUUGGGAGAUUUCACUACCCCGAUGGUUCCAGAUACAAAGGUGAAUGGAAGGAAGAUAAGCGCCAUGGCAAAGGGAAGUAUACUUACUCACAAGGAGAUACUUACGAAGGGGAUUGGGAAAAGGAUGAGAGACAUGGUUUGGGCACAUAUACUUACAAGGCUUCGGGAGUUAUAAUGUUUGGUAUUUGGGAAAAAGGGAAGAUGGAAGGAAGAGGAAAAAUAACUUACCCAACGUUUACGUUUCAUGGCAUCUUUUUGAACAACAUGCCCAUAGGAAAAGGACGUUUUGUUUUCAACGAAUACUGUAUCCAAGAAGGUCAUUACAUUCAUUUGAAAGAUGAAUCAGCCAGAUCGGAAGAAGAAGCUGUGGGUGAAGAGGAAGAGAAGAUGUCACCCAGGGAGGGAUACCCAAAGGGAAUUACUCCAGUAUGGAGACCAAGGAAGAUUCUACCUUACUCUCUUGAUCUCAUUCCUCCCGAUCCUAAACUGCCUCCCAAGCCACCACCAACACCUCCUCCUUCUCUUAGGUUAUCUGAGGGUGAAGAUAAGAAGAGUGAUGACCAGAAAAAAGACUCAACAAAAUCUAUCGGAAGCAAGGAAAGUAAAGUAGAAGACAGCAAUGAAGAGAAACCAGAGGAUGUUGAAGGAAAUGAGAUAGAGAAUAAGGAAGGACUUGAUCCAAUUUUAGAAGAGUCUAGUCCUGAAGAAACACUGUCUCCAACUGAAGAUGAAAAAAACAAGUCCUGAGUUAACAGAUGCAGAAGAAGAAUGAAUACAAUUGUUUUCGUCACAAUGAAAAGAAAACUAAUAUUGUUACUUGUUAGUUCUCAAUAAAUAUUUCAAUUUACA